AUGGACGAAUUUAUCCCUUGUCACUCCCUGAACAGAAGGCCAUGGAGGAUUAAUAUCGAAGAGGCUUUACAGCAAGGUUACAUCCGCCCUUCUACGUCCCCUGCUGCUUCCAGCUUCUUCUUCGUGGCCAAGAAGGACGGGGGUUUGAGGCCCUGCAUCGACUACCGGACACUCAAUAAGAGCACCGUGAAGUUUCGCUACCCACUUCCCCUCGUUCCAGCGGCUUUGGAACACCUCCGCGGAGCCACCGUCUUCACCAAGUUGGACCUCCGCAGCGCGUAUAACCUCAUCCGUAUACGUGAGGGGGACGAGUGGAAGACCGCCUUCGUGACUCCUACUGGGCACUAUGAAUAUCUUGUCAUGCCGUAUGGACUGGUAAACGCCCCCUCCUUAUUCCAGGAUUUUAUGCACAAGGUACUCCGGGAGUAUCUGCACAGGUUCGUCCUCGUCUACAUAGAUGACAUUCUAAUUUACUUCCGGAGCAUGGCCGAACAUCGCCACCACGUUGUGGAGGUCCUAGAGCGCCUGAGAGAGUUCCAUCUGUUCCUCAAAGCCGAGAAGUGUUCCUUCCAUCAGUCCUCGGUUCUACCAUUACAGCUCCAUAACCAGUCCACUCACUAA